CGACGGCAUCGGGUGUUGCGAUCUAGCCGGGAUCCCGAAUAGCAGGACAUGAUAUGCUUCAAUCAACACACACACACAGUGGAUCGAUAUCUAUUAUAAAAGGCUCGUCGUGGCCGGGCGUCGGUAGCACGCACCACAACCAGGCAAACAAGUCUCAACUUCUUUGGUCAGCAACUAUUCAAAAUGCCUCCCUCUGACUACAUCCAAAGGGUUGCCAUUGUUGGCGCUACUGGCCAUGUUGGCACCCAUUUCACACAGGAGCUUGUCAAGACCGGGAAACACACUGUAACCGCUCUCGUCCGAAAAGGCAGUACAGGGACAAUAGCCAGUGGCGCGACCCGUACCGAGGUCGAUUUCGAAAACCAGGAUUCUCUUGUCGCCGCUCUCGCUGGCCAACAGUUUCUCGUCAUCACCUUGUCCGCCAGAGCACCAAGCGAGACACACGCCAGCAUCAUCAAAGCUGCCGCCAAGGCGGGCGUCUCAUACGUCAUGCCCAAUGUAUACGGCGGUGAUUUUCGCAAUGAAGAGAUGAUGAAAGAGGAUUUGUACAGCGCCGGUGCCCUGGAAAGGUGCAACGACGUUGCGAACUCGGGCAUGUCGUACGUCGCCAUGGUCUGUGGGUUCUGGUAUGAGUGGAGUCUGGCUCUGGGCUCCAUUGCCUUCGGGAUCGAUAUCAAGACCAAGAAGGCCAUAUUUUAUGAUGAUGGACAACGCCGCUUGCCCGUCAGUACCUGGCCACUGUGUGGACAGGCCCUCGCCAAGUUGCUGUCGUUGCCCGAGAGCGGAGCGGAGCCGUCGCUAGAACAGUGGAAGAAUGGCAUGCUCUGCUUUGCAAGCUUCCACGUGAACCAGAGGGAGAUGCUGGACAGUGUGCAUCGUGUUCUUGGCGACUCGGAUGCAGACUGGGAGAUUCAGUACGAGAGCAGCAAGGAGAGAUACGAAAAGGGUCUGGCGGACAUGGCCAACGGUGAUCAUACUGGUUUUGCCAGGGCUUUGUAUGCGCGACCCUUCUACCCCAAUGGCGGAGGUGAUUUCAAGGCGGAUCUGAAACUUAACAAUGAGAUCUUGGGUCUGCCGGAAGAGAAGCUGGAUGAUGCCACACGCACUGCGGUUGACAUGGUUCAAAGCGGAUGGCAGCCGUUUCCCUAA